CUUUCCACCUCCAUCUUGUUAUCGUCUCUCUCACGUGGGCGGCGGCCGCGCAUCUACGGAGCUCUCUCUACUCUUCCAUACUCAUCCGUCGCAAUCAUCUCCGAUCUACGCCAAAGCCAGAUCAUGCUCUUGUCGCCGACUCAACCGAUGGAAUGAACUCCAUACCUGCCUCAUCCACCUCGGCCCAUCCACCCUCAGUCUUGGCUGAGCGGCGGAACUGGAGGAGGUUAUCAGGCUUAUCUGUUCUAUCAUCACCCGUCGAUGAACGCCCGUCCACGGCCAACGGCCAUGCCCCCGCCAUCACCGAGGAGAUCAGCGAGAUCAAGAGAUACGAGGACUUCACCACCAUCGACUGGGUCCAGGAUGCGAUCCACGAACAGUCCCGACGGCGAGCGAAACGGCGAGACGGCUUUGGCUUCUGGGACCAAGAAGGCACUUUUGGGUGGAGACGCAAGGUGCGCGAAUCCUAUAACGCUGGGCAAGCUUGGGUCGUGAUUACAAUUGUCGGCGCGGUGAUCGGCCUGAUCUCGGCCUUGCUGAACAUCAUCACGGAGUGGUUGUCCGAUAUCAAACUGGGCCAUUGUACGACUGCGUUCUAUCUCAAUGAGCAGUUUUGCUGCUGGGGUGCGGAGGGAGGUUGUCCCGAGUGGAAGCCCUGGACGUCCUUUUCGUUCGUGAACUAUAUCAUCUACAUUUUUUAUGCGGUACUGUUCGCUUUCAUCGCCGCAAGUCUUGUUAAGUCGUUCGCACCGUACGCCGCAGGCUCCGGAAUCUCCGAAAUCAAAUGUAUCAUUGCAGGGUUUGUCAUGAAGGGCUUUCUGGGGGCAUGGACACUGUUGAUCAAGUCAAUUGCACUUCCGUUGGCUAUCGCAUCCGGUCUUUCUGUGGGCAAGGAGGGACCAAGUGUCCACUUUGCCGUUUGUGCCGGCAAUGUGAUCUCACGCCUCUUUGAGAAAUACAAACAAAAUGCCGCGAAGACAAGGGAGGUGUUGACAGCGACUGCGGCGGCGGGUGUGGCAGUUGCGUUCGGUAGUCCGAUCGGCGGCGUGCUUUUCUCUCUCGAGGAGGUAGCGAACUAUUUCCCGCUCAAGACCCUCUGGCGCAGUUAUUUCUGUGCCUUGGUGGCCACAGGAGUGUUGGCGAUGAUGAACCCCUUCCGAACUGGACAACUAGUCAUGUUCCAGGUGCAUUAUGACCGAACCUGGCACUUCUUCGAAUUGAUCUUUUUUGUCUUGAUUGGCGUUUUUGGUGGACUGUACGGGGCACUUGUUAUAAAGUGGAACCUCCGGGUCCAAGGCUUUAGGAAGAAGUAUCUCUCGCAGCAUGCGGUCAUGGAAUCGGUCAUUCUUGCAGGCUUGACGGCUGUUCUCUGCUACCCGAACAUGUUUUUGAGGAUCAACAUGACGGAAAUGAUGGAAAUUCUGUUCCGUGAAUGCGAGGGUGGCCAUGACUAUAACGGUCUCUGCGAGGCCAAGAAUCGGUGGACGAUGGUGGGGUCUCUGGCCGUGGCUACAAUCCUUCGUAUCUUCUUGGUUAUCAUAUCGUAUGGCUGCAAAGUGCCCGCCGGUAUUUUUGUGCCUUCGAUGGCCAUCGGGGCAUCAUUUGGCCGCUUUGUCGGCAUUUUGGUGCAAGCUUUGCAUGAGGCGUACCCCAAAUCCCAAUUCUUCGCGUCUUGUGAGCCUGACAUCCCAUGCAUCACACCGGGCACAUACGCAUUCCUAGGAGCAGGAGCAGCUCUGAGUGGUAUCAUGCAUUUGACUAUCUCAGUGACUGUCAUCAUGUUCGAAUUAACAGGCGCGCUGAACUACAUCCUUCCAACCAUGAUUGUGGUCGGAGUCACUAAGGCCGUUGGUGAUUGCUUCGGAAAUGGUGGCAUCGCAGAUCGCAUGAUUUGGGCCAAUGGCUUCCCCUUCCUUGACACUAAGGAGGACCAUGUUUUCAAUGUGCCUGUGUCCCAAGCCAUGACAGCCGAUCCAGUCUCCCUCCCUGCAGCUGAGUUUCCUGUUCGCGAAGCGGAGCAUCUCCUGAACGACAAUCAAUUUCAAGGCUUUCCCAUUGUCGAGAACCGGACAAAUAAGACCCUAGUUGGAUACAUCGGUCGUACGGAGUUGCGAUACGGGAUUGACCGUGCCAAAGCUGAGGGUUUGCUCUCUCCCAAUGCGACAUGUGUGUUCACCAAGGAAGCCGCGGAAGCCGCCAUCGCUCGCCGAGCGGCGGCGGCGGCUUCUACCUCCGCCUCGCAGCACCUGGCGCCCGAAACCUUCGAUGACAUUCACUCUAACGCCGGUGCAAGCAUUGUGGACUUGAGCCGAUACGCUGAUCACACCCCGCUGACUGUCCAUCCCCGGCUUCCCCUUGAGACCGUGAUGGAGAUCUUCAAGAAGAUGGGCCCGCGCGUCAUCGUGGUCGAACACCGCGGCCGCCUUACGGGCCUGGUCACCGUCAAGGACUGCCUCAAAUAUCAGUUCAAGGUUGAGGCUGAAGAGCAGGCCCUGGCAGCGACCAGUCCCCCGCAGCUCUCCCUUGGAGGGGCGUCGAAUCCUCGCGCGAGCGACACGCUGGAGGAACGAUUGUGGACCUGGAUGCAGCAGGUAGGGUCGUUGUUCUCCUGGGAGCGAGCCUCGCGGAUCCGACUGGGCAGUCGUAGGUCGGAGUCCCGACCAUCAGCUUCGGCUGGCAGCGACCAUCCGGAAGGAGCGGCAUCGUCUUCUUCUUACCCGCACGAUCCGAUGGAGUUAGAAGAUAGAUGAAAGCAGUGUUGUAUAGAGUAC